UGUCGCCACGCCUCCUUUCAUGACGCUCCGCCUUAGGACACGCCCCCUCCUCCAGCCUCCUUCCAGCUCGGGGGGCGGGGCUGCGUCACUGCACGAGCCUGGAGCCGCUGGGAAGGCAGGAAGAGGUCUCUCUUACUACAAAGAUGGUCACUGAAGGCGAGCCAAGCGUCCUUAUCAAGCUCCUCCAGCUUUUUGUCCUCUCCACAGCCUGGGGGAUGCAGAUAUGGGUGACCUUUAUUGCCGGGUUUGUCCUUUUCCAAGGGGUAAGUCGGCAUACCUUUGGCCUGGUACAAAGUAAGCUGUUUCCUUUCUAUUUCUACACCAUGCUUGGCUGCACUUUUGUGAACCUUUCUCUCUUUGCAAUUUACCACCCACGGGAGCUUCUGGAUGCCAGGGAAACAAUCCAGAUCGUGCUUUUUUUUGCUUGCCUCAUCUUGACCUUGGCAAAUGCCUCCUGGUUCUCCCACGUCACCACCAAGACCAUGUUCAAGAUGCAGGAGAUUGAAAAGGAGCAUGGACUCGGGGCAGAAGUGGGGCUGUCGGGCAAGGAGGAUUACCAGCGCCUGAAGGAGAAGGAUGCCAAGUAUCGGAGCCUCCGCCAGAAGUUCUUCAAGUUCCACGGCUUGUCCUCUCUUUGCAACCUGGCCUGUGUUAUCUGCACAGGGGUGAAUUUGGCAUUCAUUGCUCUGCACCUGGACAGCCUGUAGGUGGCGCCAUGUCCCUCUAUUUCCAUUUUUUGGCUCUUACUGCAAGAUCUAGUUUUUCUAAUGCACAAAAUCAGAUCUUUCUCCAGAAGCACUGACUGAAGCUUACAUUCUGGUUGACACUGCUAAGCUUAUAAGAGUGAUGAGUUGGAAUGGUCAAAAAUCAAUACCUUUGGGUGACUGGUUGUGGGAGCAAUGUCCCAUUUAUGAAACAGAUAUAUUUUGUUUCCUUACUAGAAGAGAAUAUUGGAUCGUUUGUGUGCCAGCAAGAGAUUUUGAACAUAGAUCUUUUUUUGCCCAGACUUCAUAAAUCCCAUUUUUAUUUCUUAAACUCAGUAUGGCUGGCAGAUACUUUAAACUAUUAGAAAAUAUGGUGACACUUCUAAAUAGAGACAACUAAUAUGGUAUCCUAUACUUGUUUUAAUCCUCGGAGUCCAUCAACUGAAAAGAUUUUGCAGUGCUUCUGAUACAUGCCUGGAUUUCAGAUGUUCAGCGUGAAGAAAGUCUAGAGAGGUUCAGAAUGGACCAUUAGCCAUAAAUUUACCCCUAAAGGCUGUAUACACUUGAAAAUGAGACAUAGCAGAUACUCAUGUGCCUACUUGUGCUUUUAGAGCAUGGUUCUCAACCUAUGGGUCCCCAGAUAUUUUGGCUUUCAACUCCCAGAAAUCCUAACAGCUGAUAAACUGGCUGGGAUUUUUGGAAGUUGUAGGCCAAAACACUUGGGGACCCACAGGUUGAGAAUCACUGUUUUAGAGGAUUGUAGUAAAGGGUAAAGGACCACAGCCAUCUUUGACUACUACUCUCUCCAGAUUAAAUGAAAACAUUCCCAGUAAAUAGUCUAGACCAGACAUGGGCCAACUUGGGCCCUCCAGGUGUUUUGGACUUCAACUCCCACAAUUCCCAACAGCCAGUAGGCUGAAGUCCAAAACUCCUGGAGGGCCCAAGUUGGCCCAUGUCUGGUCUAGACUAUGCUAAAUUUAAAAAAAAUUAUUCCAGCUGCCAGAAUUAUGCUGUUCUUCAUGUUUUCCAUAAUUGACAAGAAGUACUGAAAACCACUAAAGCCUUUUGUAAUAUGCAAGCUAAUUCCGUUCAACUCAAUGGGAUGCCUGAGUAGCUGCAUACAGAUUGCAGUGUUUGUGACACUUUGGGUUUCUUAAUAUCUUGUGUUAUCUCUAAUUGUAUGCCUAUUAAUGCAUAGAUUUUUUUAGAAAAACCUAUAUCAGGUGCAGUUUAAGCCCAAGCACCCCUUUUGGCAAAAUAGCCAGGAAUAUGUUACUGUGGUUGCAUCUACCCUGUAAUAGGAAUGCAGUUUGGUAUCACUAACUGCCAUGGCUCAAAGCUAUGGAAACAUGGGAGUUGUAAUUUUACAGGGUCUUCAGCCUUCUCUGACAAAGAAUGCUGGGGCCUCACCAAACUACAAAUCCCAUGAUUCAUUAGCAUUGAACCUUGGCAAUGGCCAAACAGCAUCACUUCUUCGGUAUAAAUGCACUCUGUGUCAUCAAUCCAACAAUGGAGCCCCCAGUGGUGCAAUGGGUUAAACCCUUGUUCCGGUAGGACUGCUGAUUGAGAGGUCAGUGGUUUGAAUCCGGGGAGAAUGGGUGAGCUCCCUCUGUCAGCUCCAGCUUACCAUGCAGGGACAUGAGAGAAGCUCCCAAAAACAAUAGUAAAACACCAAACAUCUGGGCAUCCCCUGGGUAAUGUCCUUGCAGAGAGCCAAUUCUCUCACACCAGAAGCGACUUGCAGUUUCUCAAGUCGCUCCUGACACACAAAAAUUCAAUCCAGCAUUGUCAUUCUUUCUGCUGCUGUUUUACACCUUUGAGGUUUGGACCCUCAUUUCAUUUUCUGGACUCGGACUGAGAGUAACUUUCUUAUUUUGUAGAAUAACAUGAUGGGAGGAAAAUCACACUCGAAUCCUUCUGGAUUACAAAAUCAAGUAUCACCCCAUAGUUGCUGCUUACUUCGGCUGCUUUUCUCUUUUCCUGUCUAGUGUGGCUUUCUCUUUUAUUCUGUAACAUGUAUAUAUAAAUUCUCUUGUUUAAUAAUGAUACAUUACA